AACCAAAAAAAACCCAAAACAAGUAAUCUCUAGUUUGUAUUGUGUCACCUUGACAUUUUGUUUGUGAAGCUGAGGUUAGGUGAGUUGAUAGGUCAGCGUGUGAUUAUAUACCACUAUAACCAGAGCAGAUGGGGCCUGACUAGUGAGACACGCAGCAAAUUCUGGAUACCAAUGCAAUGUAUUAAUCUUAUGUUAAAGUUAAUGUUUUUACACUGGAUAGCGUGCUGCUUUGAAUGUAGUGGUGUUGUUUUGUCAACACCAUUCGGCUGUUUAAAUAUGACACAAGUUUGCACGUAGUCCACCAAAACUUUGAACAGUCUGCUUCAGCUGUCUUUGUGUGUCAAAGUUUGCAUGUCAGAGUCAGAUUGUUGCUCAUGCUGGAGUCACAGAUUGUGGCUUUGAUAUAGUUACCAAGAAGCGUAGUGCACAUGUGUCAUGCAUUUAUCCCUGCCCUCUAACUCCUUCGCCCGCUUGCUCAUUUCACCUACAACAAUCUGAGUCUUUAUUUCCUGCUGUGACAUCAUCACUCCAUGCUCUCCGACUGCACUGCCCUUCUUCCCACUUCCUGGCCCGAUAGGAAAUGAGCCGCCCCAGAGGAGUGCUGCUAAUCGGGGAAGUGUGGGUGGACAAGGACACACCUGUGUCCACUACACUGGACUCUGUGUUUCCCCUCAGUCUGGUGUUGAAUGGGGCACCAAAGUAAAGCACAUAAAAAAUAAUGAAAGGAAAAAAAAAUCUGCUGAUGUUGUUGACAGCGAGACGCAGAGCACUUUUUUGGGGGCAGUUGUGGGGGUUUUUGUUUGGGUUUUUUUGUAGUGCCCAGUUAACAACUUGAGUUUCCAGUCAAAGGAAGACAGUGUUGUUUGGUAGUUACUAGUUUGUUUGUUGGGGGGGGGUUUCUUUGUUUGCUUUUUUUUUAAUACACUGGGUCCAUAACGGCACACUUACCUGACCAUUUUAUACCGCUCAUAGCAACAUCUGUUUAAAUGCGUGGUUCAACUCUACAACAACACUGUCUGUUCACAUCAGAAAGACCCUCCUCUUCCUCCAUACAGUGCAUCUCCAUCAUAACUUGGUCAUGUUUGUCUGUGCAUGUGACGCAGGCCUGCCUUUGUUUUCAGCCGUGGAGCAGCUGCCCCACCGGCCGCCGCGCUGUUGUGACUGAAACAACUGUGUGUGUCCCCCCCCUGCAGCUGCACAGGCCCGUGUGUCACUGCCGCACCUGUUCAAUGGCCCUGUGUUGACUGAGUGAUAUCACAUGUCGACUGUGUGCAAAUUACACAGAAAUGGUGGGGGGAGGGUGAUCUGUAAUUUGAGCAGGCAAUAUGUUUUUUAUUGUUUGUUUGUCUUUUUAAGAUGCAAGUGUCAGUAAUGCCGUGCAUGUGCACAACGCACCCAUGAGAUCUUUCAUCCCCUUUAACACUCUUCCCUUGUUACAUGAAGUCUGUUUGCUGUGAAAACACACACACGCAGUUACACAGGUCAGGUUUUUUCCUCUUUCUGUUUUUGCUCCCGGGAGGGGCCUCAUGCUGUGGCUCAACAACAGUUGGUGCGUAGAAAAACGAAGGAACAGCUGAGACCAGCGGGAAUAGCCAUAACAUCAGCUGCCGGCCUCUCUUUCUCUCUCUCACACACACACACACACACAGUAAUGCACACCAAUAUACAGCAUUUAUAUUUCCUGUCUUGCUCAGCAUGUUCUAACCUUAUACUACCAUUAUUUUUCAUUGUCAGAUUAUGAUUAAACAUCUAGAUUGAUUUUUAGAUCUUAAAAAAGGGGAAAAAAUGGGCUGGUGUGACUCAGCGGUGUUGCGAAUGAAAUGGUUAAAGCCUAGUCAGCAUUAUCGCCGGUGACUGGUGAGUCACAGUCGGUGCACACCUAAGAGUUUUGACAAGGUUUCUACUCUGACUCACGCUGUGAAAUGAUUAGCCUGUGGCGGUUAGACAUGCUUAUUAGGUUUUAGCUGCACACGUGUGUUCAUGCGUGUACUGGCGGGAAAUGCUUUGUAGUAAAAUGAAGGCGGCCUCCACAGCUCAAAUGUCACAUUGUUAAUCUCGCCGUAAUGAUGGAGAGCGUUUAUGAUGGAGAGCGAACCGCACUUGAUUGCUUUCAGAGCUUUAUUUCUCUGGCCACGCGCGGCGUUUAAGUCUGCGCUUGGUUAAAUCGCUCGCUCUCGAGCACCCUCCGGUUAAUCCCCUGCAUUCUUGUGACAGUGAAAUCACCCUGCUCGUCUCCAGCUGCUGGCAGCCGUGCCUCUCGAUCUUCCUGCAGCGCAGUGAGAGCAAUAGGAGGCGAUCCACAAGUUUGGGGUUUCACUGACUAAUAGCUUUCGAUGAGCCCCAGAGUGAAGUGGCAGUGUCAUCUGACCUUUAACCUCAAUAGAAAGAAGGAAAAGCCACUUCAGAGAUGGACCAGGUAUCUGAUGAUGAGUUGGACCAUGGAGCAGAGGAAGACAGUGACAAGGAGGACCAGGACCUGGACAAGAUGUUUGGAGCCUGGCUGGGAGAGCUGGACAAGCUCACACAGAGUCUGGAUGAUGGCAGGCCGCAGAAAGCACUGCAGAAACCUCCUCUCAGGCAGGAGACGAACAUGGCCAACUUUUCCUACCGCUUCUCAAUGUAUAACAUAAAUGAGGCGUUGAACCAAGGUGACACAGUGGACCUGGAUGCCCUGAUGGCUGACCUGUGCUCCAUCGAGCAGGAGUUGAAUACCAUUUCCAAACCAAACUCAACUUCUCGCAGCCAGAGCAAAGGCCAGCAGAGGGCAGCUGGAGGGCGCAGUGCUAGCACUAAGCACACAGGCACCAGUGGAGGAGGAAGCAGCGGAGGAAGUGCAAGCAGCAGUACUCGAGCAUCACCGGCCAACACGGUACGAGGUGGCAGCGCCACUGCUCGCCCCGCGGCCUCUAACAUCUCCCUAGAUGACAUCACCUCUCAGCUAGAGAAGGCCUCCCUGAGCAUGGAUGAAGCGGCACGUCAGACGUCCUCCUCUUCCUCCUCCUCGUCCUCAUUUUCCUCCAGCACCAUCCGGCGGCCCUCGUCCGGAUCGUCCGGCGGCGGAGGGCAGCAUCGGAGGACUGGUUCGGUCGGUGCUGUCACCGAGCAGGACGCACCAUCCCAGCGGUCUAGUGUGAACUCAGCAUGUGCCUCAGCUUCGAGCAUGGACUCCCUGGAUACGGAUAAAGUGACAGGAGGAGAGGUGGAGAGCCAGGGCAGCCCAAUCUCACAAGGACAAAACCAAACCAAUACAGAGCAUGUCACGCUGCGACGAGCCAACAGUAAGCCGGCCAGACGGCAGCUUGACUUCACCUCACGAGAGGGCGAAGUGGAUCGGGCCACCCACUCCUAUCUGGACCAAGAAACCUCGCUCAUUCUGAAAAGCAUAGCUGGAAAGCCUUCUCACCUCCUGACCAAGGAGGAGCAAGCUGCCAAACUGAAGGCGGAGAAGAUCAGAGUCGCCCUGGAGAAAAUCAAGGAGGCACAAGUCAAAAAGCUGGUGAUCAGGGUCCACAUGUCCGACGAGAGCUCAAAGACCAUGAUGGUAGACGAGCGGCAGACAGUCAGGCAGGUGCUAGACAGCCUGCUGGAUAAGUCCCACUGUGGAUACAGCCCUGACUGGUCUCUGGUGGAAACCAUCACUGAGCUGCAGAUGGAGCGUAUUUUUGAGGACCACGAGAACCUGGUGGAGAAUCUGCUAAACUGGACCCGGGACAGCCACAACAAGCUCAUGUUCAUAGAGCGCAUUGAGAAAUACGCCCUCUUCAAGAACCCUCAGAACUAUUUGCUGGGGCGGAAGGAGACAUCAGAAAUGGCCGACAGGAACAAAGAGGCUUUAUUAGAGGAAUGUUUCUGUGGUGGCUCAGUGUCUGUGCCAGAGAUCGAAGGCAUCUUGUGGCUCAAAGAAGAUGGGAAAAAGUCAUGGAAGAAGCGUUACUUCCUCCUCAGGGCUUCGGGGAUCUACUACGUCCCCAAAGGCAAAGCCAAGGCAUCCAGAGAUCUCGUGUGCUUCCUGCAGUUGGACCAUGUUAACGUGUAUUACGGGCAGGACUACCGCAGCAAAUACAAAGCUCCCACUGACUACUGCCUGGCCUUGAAGCAUCCACAAAUCCAGAAGAAGUCCCAGUACAUCAAGUAUCUGUGCUGCGAUGAUGUCAGGACGCUGCACCAGUGGGUGAAUGGAAUCCGCAUCGCAAAGUAUGGGAAGCAGCUGUAUUUGAACUACCAGGAAGCCAUGAAGAGGACAGAGGCAGCCUACGAUUGGUCCUCUCUCUCUACGUCUAGCAUCAGAUCUGGCUCCAGCUCCGCCAGCAUACCCGAGUCCCAGUCGAAUCAUUCGGGCCAUUCUGACAGCGGGGUGGAUACGGGCUCCUCUCAUGGGCGUUCCCAGAGCGUGGUGAGCUCCAUAUUUUCAGAGGCCUGGAAGAGGGGUACCCAGAUUGAGGAAAACUCAAAGAUGAGAAUGGAGGCAUCCAGAGGGGCCACGCUGCCGCACAGUUCCCACAGCCACCGGCAUCACAGCCAGCAUUCAGUUGACCACUCAGCCCUGACGCCGCCUCCGCAGCAGCCUCAGGCGCAGCCUCCAUCACGGCCUCAGUCUCAGCCCCACCCCCAGCAGCAGCAGCACCCCCCACAGCAUCAGCACCCAUUGGUGCAACCCCAGACGCCAAUUCAGCUGCAGCACCAGCACCAGCACCCGCCUCCCCAGCAUCCGUCUCCUCAGGAGGCAGUUCCGCCACCACCACCGCAGGCAGCACCACCGCCACCGCUACAACCACCACAGUCUGCUCAACUACAUCAACAGCAGCUGCAGAAGCAGCAACAGUCACAGGCCUUCAGCAACUACAACCACAUGCCCCCACAGGAGCAGCAGCAACCAGCUCCCGCACCCCCUCCACCUCCGCCACCUCCACCACCGCCUCCCCCACCCCCUCCACCAGUCCAGACGGUGUCAUAUCAGUCGCCGGCUCUCACAAUGUACAAGUACAGCACCAUCACCAGGCUGCAGAACCAGAAAGGAGGCAAGAUACCCUUUCACCUCCCUGCUACAGCCCAGCAGGUUCUGCCCACGACUCUGACACCACCUGCACUGCAGGCCAUCAAACCAAACGUCAAUCACAUUGCUGCAAGGACUAAUGUGCCCCCGCCUCCUCCACCACCACCUCCCCCUCCACCGUCCAUGCCAACCCCCGGGUCUGCCAUGGCUGUGCUGAAACUGGGCCCACCCAGUCCGGCUACUCCACCGGCUUUCAUCCCUCCACCGGCUUUCAUCCCUCCACCGCCAGUUCCUCUGCCUGCUCCACAGACCAAUGGAAUUGCAUUUCCUCCCCCUCCGCCGCCCCCGCCGCCACCAGCUAUUGCAGCUGCUCCCGUGAGUCAGCCUGUCUACCACAGUGGACUCAAGCAAGCGCUGAAGGAGCGGUUUCCCAGCCCGCCGCGGGACCUCCCGUCUCCAAACGGCGGGCUCGAGGAUUCCCCACCACCUGCCCCCACACCACCGCCACCACCGCCACCACCUCCUCCUCCUCAACAGUUCCAAGUACCGGCCCAGUUUCCACCUCCUCCUGCACCCCUGGCAGCACCACUGAAAAACUUCAACCCAGGCUUUCUCCCUCAUACUGCCCCCAAGCCCAUGUCACCAGUCUCCCCUUUCCCUCCUGCCCCGCCUCCUGCUACAAUGAGUUGCCCGACCCCAGCUCCACCACCACCCCCUCCUCUACCUGCACCCCUUAAGAAGCAGUUCAGCCUCCAGACAGGCCACACCUCCACUCAACCCCCUCCAACUCUGCCUAAGCAGCAUAGUUUGUCUAAGCCACCAACCAUUUCCACAGGAGCCCCUCCCACCAUGUCUCUGGUGAAACAGCUAGCCAGUCAGUUCCCAGGAGCUUCAUCCCAAGCAGGCAAUCAAAUAGAGGCUUCGAAAGCCCCACUCUCUCCCCCUGCAGUUAAAACCAAACCAAAAUGGCAGCGUGGGGGUGGCCAGCAGCUGCAGUCUCCCGAAUUCCCCCCUCCUCCUCCAGACAGCAACACCGGCUUCCCUGCUCAACCACCACCACCACCACCUCCUCCUCCUCCACCUCCCCCAGCACCAGUCACAGGUCCGACGCCACCUCCUCCUCCCCUUCCUUCUGGAAACAUGGGCUCCCCCAUAAGGAGGUCACCCUCUGGUUCCUCUAGUUUUGGAGGCAAGAAACCUCCUCCCACCCCCCAGAGGAACUCCAGCAUCAAGUCCAACGCCUCAAACUCCUACGAGGAAUCCAGGAGAAAUUUGCUCAGCAAGUUUGCUCCCCAAGGCAACACCGCCCCUCCCUCCUCAUGUCCUCCCUCCAAUGGAUCGCCUUCAAAGGAGCCCUCAAAUGGACCUCCUGCUCCCCCAAAACCAGGAAAGCUCAACCUGGCUAACCUGCCCCUGGCACUGCAGGCCAAGGUAAGCCAGGCAAAGCAGUCUGGUGGCGACUUCCCUUCCCCACCUCCUGAGUGCGCCUACUUCCCACCUCCUCCACCUGCCUCCGAGCUCUUCCCCCCUCCACCACCUCCAGGUAAUGACGCCCAUACGGGCGGACCUCCUCGAGUAGCAGUGGUGAAUCCCCAGCCCCAGGCUCCUCCUCCACCACCACCCAUCUCCCUCGUCAGUAACUCAACAUGGGGAAAGAGCUCCCUGAAAAAGACUCCUCCGCCCACGCUCGGGCGGCGUAGUAACAACACCCCAGAACCACCUCCGCUCUCGCCACCUCCACCCACUUCCCCAAAAGGUAGCUCAGGCCAGCCCAACUUCUUGGAGGAUCUGAACAGGACACUGAGGCGAAAGUCAGUGGGACGCCAGGGCUCCACCAACUCCGCCGGCCUCUCAGGCAAGUUGGACCCCGCGGGGACCAUGGACGACAUGGCGCUGCCCCCGCCGCCUCCUGAGCUGCUCCUGGACCAAGGAAAGCAAAGCAACGGAGGAAACGGUGGCUAUAUGUCCGGAAACAUCUCAGGCUAUGCAACACUACGACGAGGACCCCCUCCUGCCCCACCCAAAAGAGGGGAUGGCACCAAGCUUACUGGAUAGUAGUUGAACUUGUCGAUAAGGACACGAUGAAGACGAAUGAAUAGACAAUGAAAUGAUAUACUGAAGUAAAAAUGCAUUAGUGGACUACUCUUUUCUUCUCCUGGGGACACGAUAAUAAAUGACUGUGUAUAUACUAAAAGCCAAACCAGACCAUCUUCAAUUAGUGUUUGCUAGUUCUUCAUUUUUUUUAUUGCUUGGCUUUCUGGAUGAGUGAGGUUUACAAUACUGGGACACUUUAGACUCAAACAGGUUAAGUUGGAGGUGUCUAAACUAUCCAAGCUCUCUGGAACAUGAAGUUUUUGCCCCGUACGGUAUAACCCCACUUGUCUGGUACACCAAGCAGCUCUGAGUAAACACUAAUAAUAAGACUUUGUGCAAAUAUUAUUGGAUCCAGGUCUGAGCCAAAUCAUGCAUCUGCUUCUUUGCCACAAGUUUGUGCCACAUUACUGGAGACCCAACACAGAAAACAACAAAAACUCAUCAUGAUCUCUCUGCUUUGGUACUGCAUGGACAACAUGUAAACAACAAGCUGUAAAACAUGAAGCUGUGUGCGUGCAUGUGUGUACGUGCGUGUGUGUGUGUGAGAGAGAGAGAAAUGGACUGAACGUGCAUCCAUGCAUUGAGUGCAUGCAUGCGUAUGUGAUGGUAUGGUGGUAGUAGUUAAUCAUCAUUAGGGAGGGCCUUCAUGGAACAGGAAUUGUCAGGUUUGCUUUUAUAUAAAAUUAUUUAAAGAUUGGUAAAUGGAAGGAUUUUUUUUAUAUGUGUAAGUGUCUUUUAAAUAGAUUAAAGCCUAGAGAGGAGCAGAUCAACAUUAGCGCACAAUGGAAUGUAUCUGGAAGAAAAGAAAGGCAAUGAUUCAGUAAAAUCUUUUGUCUUAAGCGUUUCUAGACUGUUUCACCACUUGACAAAUGCAAAUCAGAAGGAAGCCUUACUCUUAAAGUCUUGCACAGAGGUCAAAACAGAAAGGAAGUAUCUUCUAAAGGUUUCCAAAAAAAAUGGCAUGGACUGUGCAGCUGGAUUUAAUUUAAUGCAAAACUUGUACUGGACUUUGUAGAAAAGGAGAGAGGAGGAGGAGGCCUGGGGUGGUUAUCUUUGUGGACUGUGUGAGUUCCCUGUGUGCUGGCUUGAUUUCGGACCUUAUCCUUCAGUUUGUAUCUGUACAGUUGCAGCUGCUGCUCCGUUACCGUUGGUUCCCCCGCCGCCUUCUUAAGUUCCCCGUCCAGGAAGUGGCGAGCACCGGCUGGAUUCAGCCACGUGAAGUAUCGAAGGAGAGAUGCAUUUUAUCCGGUUAAUGUACAGAGCAUCGAAUCAUGUAGUUUAUUAUAACACAAAUCAUCUGAAUGUUCAACUCAACUUUGUGUCUAUGGAAUCUCGUUUCCUCGUGGUGCCAUUGCUGCUCCAUCUCUUGGUGCACAGGGUCAGAGGUUAUCUAGAGGGUCGACUAUGAAGGGUUUCCAUUUCUAGCAGCGAUGCCUUCGUUUUUAGGGUGCUAGUGCUGUCCUUCGACAUGUCCGUGUGUGCCAGGAUGACAUAUCAUGAAUAUUUCAGAUCAUUUAGACUGGCUUUGGUGUGGGGUGGUGUAGAGUCCAUACAAGGCCUUGAAGACAGUGUAUCUUUUUUUUUCUUAUAACUGAACGUCAUUGUCCUUACCGGGAUGUUUGCUGCAGUACAGUAUGUAAGUUAUAUCGAUGUGCUGAGGCGAACACGUGGGGCCAGAUGAAGAAAAAUGUUUGCAGAUGAGAGUAAAUGUUUCCUCUUGCAUAUAAACUGAAAAUCACAAUAUAAAUGUUUAAACCAGA